GAAUUAACCACGCGCUGAGCAUUGCUUAUAUGAUAUGGCUGAGUCUAUUUUUUACAAAAUUACUGUACACCUCUAAUGAUAACUCAAAAUUACUUCAUAAUUUUUCAGUCCUUUCUAUCUUAUUCCACGUAUAUUACGCCUACAUGGUCUUCGUGAACUAUAUAUAUACGUACCACAAGCAGUUCAGAUCCUCCCUAUUUUCUUUCAUUUUGUUUUUCCAUAUAUUUGGCAUAAUUGGCAUGAUCAAGUUGUAUUACCAUGAUUAUGGAAGGUCCUUGUUCGCUCAGUGCAUAAUAUUUUACUUAAUAAACGGAUUCGGUAUAACAUUCGGCGCGCACCGUCUGUGGUCCCACCGAGCAUUUAAAGCGGGUACCUUCGUGCAGGUUCUCUUCCUAAUUUUGAACAGCUUUGCAAACCAAGGAAGCGUAAUAACGUGGUCCAAAAAUCACCGCCUGCAUCAUAAGUAUAGUGAUACGAAGUACGAUCCGCAUAACAUAAGAUAUGGGUUCUUCUAUAGCCAUGUUGGAUGGUUAUUAUAUCAGAAGACAAAAUAUGUAAAGGAGAAGGAGAAAGAAAUAUAUGUGGAUGAUUUAUUACAGAACCCACUUCUCCUAUGGCAACAUAAAUUGGAUCCAUAUUUUAACUUUUUUUUUUGUUUCAUUGUACCGGGAAUAUAUUCCUAUUUUAUGUAUAACAAUUUCUGGGACGGAUUCUUCAUUUUGGGAGCACUAAGAUGGAUCAUCACGUUACACGCCACUUGGUCGAUCAACAGUGCCUCGCAUUCAUUUGGACAUAGACCCUACAAUCAUGAUAUAAAAGCUUCAAACAACAUUUUUACCUCCAUUGUGGCGCUGGGAGAAGGAUGCCACAAUUACCAUCAUGUUUUCCCGUACUGCUAUGCCAUGAACGAAAAUUUCUACAUUCUGAGCAUAAACCCAACUAAAUACGUCAUUCAAUUUUUUUACCACUUGGGAUUAGUAUGGGAUUUAAAAUGUGCGCAGAAUAUCUGCAAGGAAGUACGCAUAAAGGAAGCGCAAAAAUUAGAGAAGAAAAGCAAAUUAUUAAGCGAAAAUAUUAAAAAUGAAAUACUGAAGAAAGAAGACACGAGCUAUGUAACUGACCUAAUGAACUCGUUCACAGCACUUUGCAAUGACUAUAUAAACAUCUCCACCUUUAGGUACAUCACGUAUUUAUUGAGAGAUUUUGCAAUAAUGAUGACCAUUUUUCUAAUUCAUGUAUACUAUUGCUAUAACAAAUAUGGAAAUGGAACUUUAUUUUCAAACAUGUCUAAAAAUUUUGAAGCCAUAGAGAGCAAUAAACUAAUUUCUGUUUGCUCAUUUGUAUUUUUUCACAUCAUAUUAUAUGCCCUACCCAUGGGAACCAUGUUCGCAAGUCUGUAUUCCUUGGUUUAUGAAUGCAAGAGAGGAUUACUUUUUAAAAACAAUUUUUUAAAUAACUUCUUUGGAAGUAUCAUUUCAUCUUUUAUUCUUCUUCCAUAUACAUCGGAGAAUUCGAGAAAAUCGUUGCUGAUAUCGUUGAACGAAGAUUUUUUAAAAGUGUUAAAAGGACCCAUUUAUUUUGAUUUGUAUUCAUUCAUAUUUACCAUAUUUCUGGGAUUGUACGGACUGGUCACCUACAUAUUUGGACACUUUUACUUUUUAAUAUUUUUCAUAGCACCCUAUGUAGUUUUUAACGUGUGGUUAUUAACUUACAUUUAUUUGUUGAACAAUCCACCCUUUUUUACCGUGGACAUGAAUGCGAAGGAUGUCGAUAUAAGUGUUUUAAAUUACGUGGCCUUCCAAUCCCUACUUGAGUGGAAAAAGAACAAUUCCAUUUAUCAAAGCAAAAAAAGAUUGUACAAAAUAGUUUUCUUCUUCUUAAAUUUUAUACACCAUCAUUUGUGCUACACACACAUUGUAGAGUUCAUCAAUUCGAAAAUUCCCAGUUACCGAACGAAGGAAAUUUACAAGCAGUUUGACAAAACAUUAGACCAGUAUCACUCCCUGCGCAAUGACAAAUUUAUUGAAGUUUUGAAGCAGUUCUUAUGA